AUGCAUGUCAUCGGAAGUGCUGCAGCAGCCCCUCCUAGCUUUAAGGGCGAGAGUGUCAUCGCAAUUGGGGAUUUCUCGCCAGCGCCGUUGUCCGAUGUCGCGAGCGCCGCAUCAUCCGGAUCUUUCAACCCCGAAGAGGUCACGUGGUGCGCGUAUCCACGAGACAACGGCCGUCCCUCGCCCUCCCGGCCACCGCCGCUGCCGCCAACCUCCUCCGCUGCGUCAACGGUGAGCGGUACCUGCGACGCAACUGACGUGGAUGCUGCGGCACUGCAAGACACCACUGCUCUGUCGGAUCUUAGCGUGGAGAUACAGAAGGUAGAGGCACGGCUGGCGGCCAUACGAGAGGAGGAAGCGCGGCUUCAGCCGAAGCGGGCAGCGCCCACUGCGCCCGCACGCAGUAGUGGCAGGUAUUCUUCUGUGUUGAACCUUCACUCUGUGAAUGUAGAGUCUCGCGGAGAGUCCACGACAGUCGUAACGAGCGACAACAGCAGCUCUCAAAUCGGCCGUCGCGGUGACGCUGGAGUGGCCUUGACAACGCUGGCUAACGCUGCGCACGGUUGCCCUUCCCACAUCAGGACGGCAAAUCUUUUGAGUCCCCCGAAGCGCCGAAGCGGUCGGGCACAUAGAACCAAUAUUACUCAGAAGGACAUGCCUGAUCCGACUGCUGUUUUGUCCAGCGAGACGGAGUGCGUGCCGACAGUACCCACAGACAGAACACGCGAGCUGCCGAUGGAGGCGGUGAUGCCUUCGGCGCCACCAAGUGGGGUUGUCUUUUCACUGACAGCGUUCCUUCGACCUCUCCGUACGGUUGACAUUGAAAUUGCAGCAGGUGUGUAUGAGAAGCUCGAUAUAUUCGUGGGUGAGGACAUGUCGGAUGUCGCGAGGCGCUUUAUUGCAAAGCACAAACUUGACCCAGAGCGUGCAUUCAAGCCGCUUCACACGUUCCUCUUGUCACUGAUAGUGAAAGACAAGAGCGAAGAACAUGUUGCACCUUGUGAUAAGGUCACAGCUUCACCGCGAGGCCACGGCACUAUGCUUAUCAAAAGUACCUCAGCAGGAGGCAAUUGGCAGGUGCAGCCUGUUGCUCUAGAAGCACCACAGCGUAAAUCCGCAGCCGAGACAAAUGACAAUAGAUGCUCUGCGUUGGGCCGGCGCACAGUCGCACAUGUGCCACAACAGUCUGCCAGGGGAAACCCUAAUAGAAAGGUGCAGCGGCUGAAUGCUGCACAUGAUGAUCACUCGGGAGUCAACAAGAUGCUGGAGUACUCUGCAGAAAAGAGUCGUCCGAAGUGUUCUGCUAGAUCAAUCAAGGAUUCUAUCCAUCACCAGCAUACACAAGGAAAAGCGACCACUGUGGAUGCCGGUGGCUGUAAUAAUGCCCCUAUCGUCAAGUGCGGCAGCAGGUCUCAGAAUUCUCGUCGCGUAGAUCCUGUUGCGAUGGGUGACGUGGUAAAAGAUGCAAGGACACUCACAUCUUCAUGCAAGAACACUAAUCAUCCUAAGGUAGUGGCUGUGGAAGCGGAGAAUGUUAAACCAACAGUGACACGAACACGUAGUGUACCGCGGUCACAACCUUCAUGUCGGUUAAGUGAGAGGACAACUCGAUGCAGGUCAGCUGAGUUGCGUCGCACAGCCAGUAGUACAAGGACCCACCGUCAUUCCCUCCAAGAGGAGGAACCUGUGCCAACCUUCAAGCCAUGUCUUGCACCGCGCAGUGAACUAUUGGCUGCGCAAGAUGCAAAACGUCAGCAGGGGCCCGCCUAUGCGCGUCUCUACGCUCGCACAACAAAUUUGUCCACAGCACCUGCAAUUUCGGCAGUGGCAGCGGAGUGCACUGGUAAGCCGCGAAUCCUUCCUCAUAAGCGACCAGCUUCGUUGCAGGAACCUGUGGGAGAGCGUCUGUACGAGCAGGCUAUCGAACAGAAACAACGACUUCAAGAGAAGCGAUUGAAAGAGAAGGAGCAAAGAGAGGAGGAGGAAAGGCGCUCUCUUAUGGCUGCACCACAGAUAAACAAGGAGCGGAGGUGGCGACGCCUGCGGGAUGGAGAUAAUCCACAAGCGCACUCUGCAACUGCUGCAUCGCCGUCACUACUAAAACGGCAACAGAAUCCCCCGACUGUGAAAACGCGUGAAGAAAGAGAAUUUGAGGCGUGUACUUUCGCUCCUGUCGUCAAUCCGGCAUCUAUUCGAAUGUUUAACAUGGUUGUUCAGGGACAGAAUUCGGAGGAACAUCAAGUGAACAAGGGGAAUGUGGGGGGAAAGGAGAAGGGGCAGGCGCCCAGUGCUCGUAGUCGGACGCUCAGCAAUGAGGGUUCUCGAGAUGUGGCCUCUGUUGAAGACCGCUUGCUGCUCCUUGAACAGAAACGACGGAAGCGGCUGGAUGAAGAGAGACGCUUUCGAGAAACAGUCGAUGCGGCGACGGGCCGUCCACUUUUCCAGCCAUUUCUUGGGCGAUAG